CCGCCCAGCCGAGCCGCCACCCAGCGGAGCAAUCACCGUUGCUGCGGCGCAGGCGGGGAGCGCGCGGAGCGUCCCCCGGUGGCCGGGCAGGACCUCGGACAGCGCCCGACCCUGGCUCCCUGCAAACAGCUCUCCCGCUCGCCAGCUUCCGCACCCAGCCGCAGCUACUUGGUGCGCCCGCCCAAAUUGUGGCCAAGCCACCCCUCCUUCCGAAACUAGCGCUGUGUUUUCUUCCGAAAGGCUCAUAGCUCAUCUCUCAAGUUCAUAUCCCCGGGACUUGUCCAGUCUCCUCCCCUUAAGUCAUUUCCACCAUCCUGGAAAUCGCGGAGAUCCGGAGCCCUCAGCUGCGCGUCCCAGUGCUAGCGUGGCCGGUCCCGCUCGUCCGGUGCAGCGGCCCGGUGCAUUCGCCUCUCUCCCUCCCCUUUUUCCCUCCCUCCCUUUCUCUCUUUCCUCCUCUACUUCCCCCUCCCUCUCUUGCCUCUUAAGUUUCCUGCACCGUGAACUCAACUGUGACAAGCCUGGGCUCAGGAGAUCCAGCACUGGGAGCGACCCCAGCCAGCUCUGGGACGCCGACUCGGCCGAGACUGGACGAGACAGCCGGACCCAUCCGCGCCCGAGCAUGGAGACGGAGCUCCGGGGAGGGCACGUCCGGGGCGCCCAAGACGCCAGGCCCGAGUAGCUCCUCCAUGGAGCCUGCCCAGAGCGGUCCCUGCUCGCCGGAUUCCCCGCCAGUCCUGUGGGGCUGCUGAGAGCGCUCCUCGCUCUGUAAAGUGGAUGUCAGGUGGAUCUAUGUUUGUGAAGGAACAAAGACUCAGCGAAGGCACCGCCAAGGAAGUUUGAGACGCGGGAGGAUGCAGGCUGCGUGCUGGUACUUGCUUCUCCUCCUGCAGCCCACCGUCUACUUGGUCACGUGUGCCAAUUUAACAAAUGGUGGAAAGUCAGAGAUUCUGAAGUCAGGAAGCAGCAAAUCCACAUUAAAGCACAUAUGGACAGAAAGCAGCAAAGACUUAUCUAUCAGUCGACUUCUGUCACAGACUUUUCGUGGGAAAGAAAAUGACACAGAUUUGGACCUGCGAUAUGAUACCCCAGAACCUUAUUCUGAGCAAGACCUCUGGGACUGGCUGAGGAACUCCACAGACCUCCAAGAGCCUCGGCCCAGGGCCAAGAGGAGGCCCAUUGUUAAGACGGGCAAGUUCAAGAAGAUGUUUGGAUGGGGUGAUUUUCACUCUAACAUCAAAACAGUGAAGCUAAACCUACUGAUAACUGGGAAAAUUGUAGAUCACGGCAAUGGGACAUUUAGUGUUUAUUUCAGGCAUAAUUCCACUGGUCAAGGGAAUGUCUCUGUCAGCUUGGUGCCCCCUACAAAAAUUGUGGAAUUCGACUUGGCACAACAAACCGUGAUUGAUGCCAAAGAUUCCAAGUCCUUUAACUGUCGCAUUGAAUAUGAAAAGGUUGACAAGGCUACCAAGAACACACUCUGCAACUAUGACCCUUCAAAAACCUGUUACCAGGAGCAAACCCAAAGUCAUGUGUCCUGGCUCUGCUCCAAGCCCUUUAAAGUGAUCUGUAUUUACAUUUCCUUUUAUAGUACAGAUUAUAAACUAGUACAGAAAGUGUGUCCCGACUACAACUACCACAGUGACACACCUUACUUCCCCUCGGGCUGAGGAUGGACAGGGUGUGAGACUGAAGCCUGAGGAAUUAGAGGUCAUUUGACAGGGCUGUUACCUCAAAGAAGAAGGUCACAUCUGUUGCCUGGAAUGUGUCUACACUGCUGCUCUUUGUCAACCAGCUGCAAAUAUGCUAGUGGAAAAAAAAAAUCUGAUGUAACUUCUGCCCAAUAGCUUCAUCUCUCAGUAUAGUUGUAAUUCACCACAGAUUUUAGUCACAUUUGAAGACAUGUCCUCACAUAUAGAGCUAUACAAACAUACACUCAUGCACAUUUCAGCUUGCAUCUGUCAUGGUUCCCGUUGAGAGGGCUUUCGUUGUCUGACUCAUAACAGUUUAGGACAAACUGUGAUCAAACAAAAGGAUUAACUAAACAGAGAAUGUUUCUAACACUUGCUGUUGUGGAAAUCUCUUCUAAAGUCCUGAGUCCAUGCUAAUCAAUAAUCCCCACUCACGCAUUUCUACUGCUUGGAGUAGCUGUACUGGUAAAUACUACUGUAGGAGUAUAUGCUUGUUAAAAUGGAAAAAAAAAUGUGUCUUUAGAGCUCAGUAUUUUUUAUUUUAUGAACACAGCAAAAUGUAGUAACUUUUCCCCAGCACACAGUAGGCACAUUCAAGGUUGCACAGGAUGGCUCUUCUUUUCAGUUGAGGGAGCCUGUUCUCAGUAAAGAUGAGCAAACAUUUGGAAUUUACAUGUGGGCAGACACUGGAAUUAUAGUUUUAAUCGCCAAUCACUGGACACUUGUGGAAAUCGAGACCACCUAAAGAGAUGCUCAAAACAAAUUCUGAUCAUAUAUAAGAAGGGAAAUGCCUGGCAGACACCAUGUAAGUUAUAAGUGUCUGUCUUAUCUUUACUACACAUAUUGUAACAAAUUCAAUAUCCUAGUCUUCAUUUGUAUGAAUGGUUUGUAUUGUACAUAGUUUAACCAAGUGUUAUUUGAGCUGCUUAUUAAUAUUAAAUUGUACUCGUCUCUCUGCUUGUUAUUGGUUAUAAAGAAAAAAAGGAUAUGAGGAAUCCAUUUUAUCAUUGUAGCUGUGAAUUCCAUUAAAAAGACAAACAAUGUACAAAGCAUUUAUUCAGCUCAAGUAUUGUUGAAAACUAUACAUAUACAACAUUACACUGUCUGAAUUUAGAUAUUUUAUUUCUGGAGAAAACAAAAUGUACAUAACAAUAAAACACUUAAAAUUGAGUUUCAAUAUGUACUUGUGUAAGAUGGUGAUUUAACUGGUUCUGACAAGAGGAAUGUGUUGGAAUACAAAUGAUGGCUUUACAGCUCAUACCUUUAAAUUUGUAUAGAAAUGUCUAAAUCAAUAUUAGUUAAAAAAAGUUUCAAACUCAAACCUGAGAAAUAAUUGUGGCAUACAGUACUGUACAAUUUUGGUUUGCUGUCAUUCUAGCUAUUCAAGAAUACAAAAAAAAAAAAAAAAAUCAAUGAGCAUAAGGAAAUAAUUGAGGCCUCCUAAAUUAAUUAUAACUACUUGAUAUUUUUCCCUACCUAGUGUUUAUUUAGUGGGAAGAUUGAAGUGAGGGUGAUCUUUUUAUAAGUCAAGAUAUCUGAAGAUGAUGGAUCAUUUUCCCUGACACCACUGGGAAGAUUCAAUCCAACUGAAGAAACUGUGACAGCACAAGAGGGCUUCAGUGCUCAGUUUACUUAAACUAGAAGACAAAUUUACCUAUGGCUUUGGUUAUGAGCAUUACAUUUCUUCUUUGAAAAUUAUUUGCUGUAUUUAAUCCCUCCAUAAUAAACACGAAAAAAUGGGCAAGGUCCCCAAGUUUUAAGGCCAUGAAUCCAGAAUUCCAGUGUUAGGAGUCUCAGAACUUAACCAGAAAAUAAAAUUCAGAAAAUGAGUUCAUCUUCCCUUCAUACUGCUUGGGAAUGAGUUCACUUUCAUUUUGAGAAAUAAUAGAAAUAGCUGGAAACACUACAGGGAAUACAAAUCCAGUAGGUUCUAAAGUGAGAACUUCAUUGCUGGCUUGAUUAAACUGCAAAUAAAACACCUGUCUUUCUGUUGAACGCUCAUCUCUCUCAGUCCUCCAGUGUAUCUAGGCAGCCAUUUAUAUCAAUGUACUGAGUCUGCUCUGGCAUUUAGAGGCUAAUGGUAGAACAUAUUCUCUCCUGUAGGACAAGCAGUAAGAGUUUCCUGAGUUCCAGCUGCUGGACAUAUUUGCCAGAUAAAUCUUGUUAUUCUGGAAUUUAUUUAUCAAAAUGGUCACUUAAGAGUUAGCUGGCUCUCAGUAUCAAGAGAAUAAGAAGAGAAAAACCAUUUUUUUCUUUGGGAUCAUUUGGUUAGUGGACUAUGACUUUGGUCAUAUAUUCCAUGUGUCUGUUUGCAAUCCAAAAUUCAAAAUGAGAUAAAAAUAUGCUCCGCUUCUCUACCUUGGUUUCUAAUCUCUUUGUAAAAUUCUGCUUUUAUAUCUUUAAAGGCACAGCUAACAUUCAGUGAAUUGAAUUGCUUUUAUUCAGUUUUUCUUUAGGAAAAAAUAAAAAGAAAACAUGCAGCAAACUUCCAGUAAGGAUUCCAAAUUAUAGAAGUCUGAGUUUCAGUACUCUUUUGCUCAGCUUGUAGAAUCUUGAUGCAAAAGAACAUUUAUUUGUAUAGAAUUCAUUUUUCCUGUUUUAUACGGAAUGUGGGUAAAGGAAGAUCAUCAACAUCAAAAUUCAGAGGUACAGGUUAAAAAAUUUUCAGGUGGUGGGGGAUAUAGUUCAGCAGCACAAGCAAAUGCUUGACAAAUACACGGUCCUGAGUUUGAUACCCAGUACAACAACAACAACAAAAUCAACAGGCUUAAUUAAGUUUUGACUGUGUUUGAAAAUACAUUGGCUAUUUGAGAAAAUAAACUUUAAUCAGCAACUGUCUCUUGAAAUUUAAAAAUUAUUAAUCUAUAGAAUAAUGCUUCUAGGUAGUAGCAUCUGAUGCAAACAUGAGUUUGUCAAUCACCUAUUUUGCUUUACAGAAACAUUUUAGUAAAAUUGAAAUUAUUACAGAAAAGAUUAUGGGAUUUCUUGUCUAUGGAAAAAAUGAUAUAAGUUACUAGUUUAUUUAUGGUUAAACAAUUGCCAUGAUAUUGUUUGGAUUGGCAUUUUUAGGCCUGUGACCCUUGGGAGAAUUUCCCUGCUAAAGUGAAAGGAACAUAACUAUAAACAAAUAUUGAAGUCCUAGACGUGAUUUUUCUGCAAAUAAUCGAGAUGCUUAUUAAAUUUAAAACUGUGGACUGAGAAUCAUUAGGUUUCUUCAUUUCAGCAAUGUUAUAAGCCAUAUUUUUUCCCAUAAUAGAUUAAGAAAAUCAUUAAGAAAAGUGUUUUUCUUUUCCAUCUUUAUCCCUCAUAGCUUCACAAGAAAGAAGCAGCUUAACCCAUAUAAACAGCUCUUUGGGAAAACAAUUUGCAUCUCCGCCCUCACUUUGAAUACCACGCUUUAACCUGAAGCAAGUACAAAUGGCUGUGUUGGUACUCCUUGGAAAGACUUGGUUGAUGACCAUUUUCAGAUGUUUUAUUUAUUAUAUUUAACUCAAUCUAUUUCAAUAUUUUACAUUUUUAAACUUGUUUUCUUCAAAUUACAUAUACAUCUGUAGAUGCAUUAAGAAAUAAAUGUAUUUAUGAACGUAUAUUUGCAUAAAAUGAUUACUACUUACAUAGUUUGCAGGCAGGAAAAAAAAAUAAGUACAGCGUGCUUAUGGCCAAAACGGAAUCCUGAGAACCUGACUGCUAGGUGAGGGUUUUCUGUUAGAGAGUGAUUUCAGAGACUGAGUCAAUAAGGAAAACACUUAAAAAUAAGCAUACCAUUGAAUUUUACACCCAAUAAUAGAAAUAUUUUUAAAUGACAAAUCCAUAAUUGCUGUAUUUUUUAUUGGAAUGAGAAAUAGUAGAAAGCUUAAAAUGAAAGUUUUAGUUUUGAUUUGUACUGCGUGCAAGGUUUAGCAAAACAGACUAAAGUAGGAGACUUUUAGUACCAAGCAGCUGCUUAAGUGCCCUACAUUUGAUAAAAAAUACCUUAAUAUUCAUAAUUCUGCACUUGCAGGAAUAUACAUUUUAUCACUGAUGGACUAUAGAAUAAAAUUUAGACAUCUUAAAUUGGUGGUUGUAGUGGCUGUUGCCACUGAGUUCAGAUAUUGUUUUCAUGAAUUCUAACCAGUAAGUAAAACAUACAGGUUAAUUACAUCCCUACCCAGAAGUUUCCGGUUUUUUAUUUUCUAAUCUUAUGCCAGGAUGCCCAAGGAGCAAUGAGACUGUUUUACUUUUUGGUCACCAGGUCAUCGAAUAAUACAUGUCAUAGACUAUGGCUUGUUUUCAUUUUGAUCAUUUAAAGAAAUGAAAGUUUUUAGAAAAUUCUAUUUUCCAGUAAGUAUUUUUUUAAAAAUCGAAUGUUUCUGAUACUGCUGUAAUUCACCAUGUCCCUUUUCUGAAGUCCAGUUUUAAUAUUAAAAUUAAUUUCUUCUCACCUUUUUCAAAGUUACAGUAGAAAGUCUAGCCAAGCAACACCCAUUAAACAAACUGAAACUACCUCGUGAAUUUUAAGAGCGGUACCAUUUUCUAUUCUCUCUUAUUACUCCGUCUCCCUUCAUCCAAAAGCCAAAUUCAUGCUAGUGGCAAAAUCUUUAAGGAACAUGAAAGGACAAAUCGCUUACAGUGUUGGAUAGCUUCCUGUGUUCUCUCCUCUAAGCACCACAAGUGAAUAAAGUAGAUGUUUAUUUGUGGUGCAAGGUGAGGUGAAUGCUUAGAAACAUGAAAAAAAUGUAAGUAUCCUAUCCCACAUAUCCCAAAAGUGAUAGAUUUGGAGUCAAAUUCUGUCUCUAGACUCCAGGGACUGACUUUUAAAACAGUUAGUAGUGUUUUCUUUUUUUAAAAAAAAAUCCAUAUUGUACUAAUUUUUUUCCUCACAUGAGUAGAACACAUAUGUGACUAUAGGCAUAGUAUCAUAUAGAAAACAGGCGAAUAGUUCACAUAGUCUAUUUAUUUUUUUUCUGCUCUUUGAUUUCUUUCGUGCUUUCAGGGUGCCCCAGAGUACUAUGGCAAAAAUCUCACUCGUGGUGCUGCUCAGGCAGAAUCCAACUCUGAUUGAAUGCGCCAGUUUCCUGCUGUGGAGGCCAAUAUGUUCCCCAAACCAGUUUUUUGUAAAUCAUUUUUAUUUGAGGCCAAUGAUAUCAUCAAGGUGAAUAAAUACUAAAGUUGUAGGUCAAGGAUGAACAGAGAUAUAAUAUUUACUCAAAUUACCUGGACACCUGGACAGGAAACUUGUUUCAGGGUAACAUGGGUAUAAAUUUAGGAAAAUUUCAGCAAUGUGGUUCAGUUUCCUACAAAAGUGGUUCCAGUGAUGUAGUAGAGAUGCCAUUCAAGUUUUUAUGUCAUUUCAUAAUUUAGCUUUCUGUUUACCUGCUAAAAACCAAAUUAGGAAUUCUUACAAAGACAGAAAGAAAUACAUGAGGAUAUUUUCUGCUAAUAGCUUGACAGGGUGGGUAGGGAAUUUUAAAAGGGUAAUUCAGUCUUCUUUUCUGUUAUAUUUUAUUUUGUUGCCUACAACAUUUUAUACUUAAAUACAUCAACAAUUUUUUCCAUUGCCCUCUCAAGUUUCUCAGAAUCCUAGCUCCAUCCAUAAAACUAGAGGCUGGGAUACUUUUUAAGGCUUCUGACUGUUGUACAUUGGCCUUCUGACUAUGACAGUAAUUUUUAUUUCAUUCCCUUCACUUACUUGCUCUUAUUUGGCUCAUGUUUAAAAUCAAAAUUCACUCAGAAGAUCAAAUGGUUUUUGCUAUGACGAUUCUCAGAAUCUAUUAUAAAUAAUCGAUGUAUACAGACUUCCUUUUCAUUAUUACAUCAGGACGAUCUUUACCUUUUUACUUCCCCCAAAGUUAGAGAAAACAGAGUAAAAUUUAUCAUUAAAAUAUUGUUUGCAUUUCAGUAAAAUUUAUACAAUUUCACUCAUUAAUUACAAAACUGGCAUUUUUGUUGAGUUUGAAAUAUUGCUCUUUAAAAUAAUAAAUGUUCUUCAAAUAUUACUCAGGUCCUCAUUGUCCGUGAAGCUUUUAAAUAUAUGCUCCAUGCCUUACAACCUUUUUCUUCUUUGCACUGGGCAGGGCUUCCCCUAAAUUAGAUAACUAUAGUUUUCUACAUGCAGGACUCUGUUCCAUCAGAUACUUCCUAAAAACUAGAAAUUCCUGGAAAUUAAAAAAAAUAUGGUAGAAGCAAUGGUUCCCCCAAAAUGUUCUGUUAUUUUGUUUUCUUAUAGCUUGAGUUAUGUAUACUAAACGACAACCCUUGAAACCUGCAAGCAAUAUUCUUGAUCAUAUGUAGUAGUUUGUUCGGAAGAUUUAAGAUCAUAGAGAGCUGGUUCUUUCUCACUCAUUCCCCCCAACUCAGAAUAAGUACUCUUUUUCACACUGUGAAGAAAAAUAAUUCACUCCUGGAACUAAGAUCACGUUUGGUGUGUUUUUGUCCUUGGGAAAAAGCCUUUAAGUUGGGGGGUUUUGGAAUCUGAGCACACAGGCCUUUCUUUAAGGAAUGGAAUCUGGGGAAGUAGCCAGUCUUGCAGCAGAGUUAAGAUGACUGAACGGAAUAUUUAGAAAAGAGAGAUGGAGUAUAAAAUGUCUCAUGACUAGUGUGAAGUUUGCUGUUGAACAAAGAAUGACAUAAACUUGACACAACCCAGGGUGUGCAGUGGCCCCUGAUACUGGAUCAGGGACAUACACGAGAAUCUAGCAACCCUGAUUACUGAAGGCCAGAUGGGAUGUGAGUCUCUGGGAGCAUCAGCAUGGCUCAUGGCAAGUGAGAAUCAGGUGCCAUCUCCUUCCAGCACCAGGACAUUAUACAUAUGCCUAUGAAAAUUCUAUGGCGACUUAGAACCCCUUGACAGACUGAAAUUAACCUCAUGUGGCUAAGGUUGUAGGGUUCUGCAUGUGCUAGAUUUUGGGAUUAAAUUGCAGAAGGUUAAAGUUACGUAUUUUCCAUAAUUGAUUAUAUUAUUUGAAAUUGAUACCCGCUAGAUAUUGUUUCAUUUAUUUGACGGAAUUUGUUGGUAUUUCUUGGAGGAAGUUGCAGUAAUAAUACACUGAAAACUGGCUUGAAUGCAGAGAUAUCUACUGUGAAGAAUAUUAAAAUGCAGAGAGGAUUUUGUGACCUUGAUGAUGUUUUCACUUCAGUGUUAGUCCAUAAUUUUAUAUGGCUUAAAUAUCAGCAUAAUAAUAGUUUUGGAUUAAGGGGAUGAUUUUAAAAAUAUGAGAGCAGUACUUAAAAGGUGAAGAAUGUUUUUGAUUCAUAUUUUUAAUCAUACCCUCCUUUCUGCAAAUUACCUUUUUAUGGCUUGUGAAUAGCUGUAUCACUUAUUUCCAAACACUGACAUACUGAAGGGAAAAUAAUACUUUGGAAAUCUUACAGACCCUCGAUAUGAGCUGUAUUAGCAGGAAUGAGAUUCAAUGUGAUUCAUGAGGCCACAAGUUUAAUAUUCUUUCCACUCUAUCACAGUUGUACUUUCUUUACCAUAAAGGUCUCACUUGGAUAUAUGAAAAAUUACAUUUUUAUGCUACAGUCAUGGUUUGCAAGUAUGGUCUUGAUAUCAUUGAAUUUCCUCAGAGGCACCUCCUGGCAUGGGAGGAAAUGAAGAGGUCAUGGGACAUGAAGAAGGCCCGGAGGGAUGUCCCAAGCCAUCUGUGUAACUUUUCACUUGAGUAUUCACUUGAUAAAAUAAUCUAGACAAAGUCUAUGACUUUGUGAAGCUUUGAAUCUCUGGGCAGAAGGCAGCACUCAAUACAUUGUGACUCCGGAUGUAGUAAGUUCUACGAAGACAAAAAUAAAGUAGAAAGAUGAUACAGGAGUUUAUUAGUUUAUUUUUAAUAUCAAUCAUUUUGGAAAAUGGUUACCCUACAGUGACAUUUGAAAGGCGAAAGAGAGUUUAGUUGGCACAGACAUGGACAGUGCCUGAAGUGGGGCCUGGCUUGUGUGUUUGGGCUGGAGGUGCUGGAGCCAGGAAGCCCGGGAGAGGACCUUAGACAAUGAUCUAAGAAGGAAGCGGGGUUUUGACUUGACUUAGGAAUAACAAAGGGAAUUCUUGGGAGGUUUUGAGCAGGUAAGUGAUAUGCUGUGAACUGUGUUUGGAGCACUGCACACUGGAGACUUGUUUGCGGAGACGAUGCAGCAAGUCCUGUUACCAAGCUACUGUAAAUGGCUCAGUUAAGAGAUUACAGUGACAACUCAAGGUCAAAUUGUGGUCUUUGUAACACGGUUGGAAGUGAAAAACUGUUACAUUUUGAGCAUAUUAUAAAAGUGGAGCCUUGUAUUUACUGGUAGACUGGUUGUGGCAUAGAAGAGAAACAGGAAAGCUGAUGAUAUCUUAUUUUUUACAUUCAAGUUAUGUGUAAAGAUAGAUGCUUUAUGAAAGCAAACAUUUUAAAACCUGCUUUGAAAUUAGCUGAAAGAUACCUCUUGUACUUACCUUGUCAUUGAUUCACAUGCUUGAUAUUUCUCUUUGGAACUCAUAAAAGGGAAAGGAAAUUAAUUUAUAUUUUGAAAGGCUUAUGUAUCUUCCUUGAGUGCAUUCUGAAAGUCACUUUAUUGCCCUUAAAGAGAUUAUGAUAUUUGAGGUGCAAUGUUUUAAAACUACAUAAAGAAACCUUCAAACUAUCUAAUACUUACAUGAAUUUGACUCCCUGUUGAAAAUUUGAGAGGAAAAUUGUUAUUACGCAAGUUAGAGGGAGUAAGUAAAUAGAAAAAUAGAACAUCUAAAUUUCUUUAUGUUCAAUUUUAGCUCAUUAUACUAAUUAGUUUCUAAGUGGAAAAGCAUACUUCUCUAACCUGGACGUAGGUCAUGGAUUUCAAAACUGACUUUUAUGGAGGUCAAAAAUUACAUAUAUAUUCCUUUUUCAUAAAAAAAGACAUGAUUCUCUAUCAUAAUUAUAAAAAGGUUCUUAAAAAUAAAAACUUAUCAAGAUAGAAAAAUUGGUGCAGAAAUUAUAAAAUGAUGAAUGGGACAAAACUAUAAAUCAGUUGAAUUAAUAAAGAGAAAUUUUAAAAGAUUUAUGAAGGACUACUUUAACAGUGUAUCUAUUUUAUACUCAACCAUCUUAUUUUUUAUGCCAGUCAAAAGGUGUAAAUUUUGUAUUACAACUUCUGAAUAAAAAUUGAAUAAAUAAAAAAAUUCAAACUUUUAAAAUAUUUUAUCACAUCUUUAAGUAUCUGGAAACAUAUUUGGGGCAUGCUUUAAAGUCAGAAGAUGUUGGAACAAGAAUUAUGUGUUAAUCUGCCAAACUUCUUCAAAAUCUGUGAGUAGUAAAAUUAGUCUUUACCUCAGUUUCCCCUAAAAUGUGCAAUCAGAAUUAUGAAAAUGAUAAAAGCUCCUACCAAUCACAAAA